AUGACAGGCGAAAUAAUUGUUGCAUACGGCAUGCGUAGCAGGCCAAGUACAAGGGGCCUAUCGUCCAGCGCUUUUCUCAGCACCGGGCAUCUUCUCCUCAUGUCGGAUGCGAAGGCGAAACUCAGGGGUGCAGUUGGAGCUGCUGCAGCCAUCGUGCUGAUUUCCCGAAUCCGAGAUGCGAAGCACCUUCCUCGCUUGCUGCUGGAGAAGGGUUCACCUGAUCAGAGCUUGCACAUCCUGGCAUCAUCGCUGGCGAUUUAUGGCUAUGAGCGCUUGGUUGCUAUGAUCUUGCGCCGCCUCGGCAUGACGAGGAUGCCCUCAACCCUGGCGGCCAUGCUCUCCCUUUUCGCUGCUUUGCGUGGCGUCCAGAAGCUGAAGGACCGAGAGACUGCCAACAGGCUGGCAGACGUGUUGAAGCCUGGUGUGGACUUCCUCGGCAAGUGGAUGGGGCUGUUCCUGGCUCCCCCUCUUGUCUCCCUAGAUGCCUCCAUCGCACGACUGCCAUCCUACAGUGGGGGAGUUUGGGCAAACACAUCGUUGUUGCUGGGCCUUGGAUGGGGUGCGACGCACAGUGCUGCUGCUGCUGUCGCCUCUUCCCUGGUGCCCCAGUCUGCCAAGCCUACUUGUGCUACAUCGACGCCUGCCAAGUCCGUGGCGGCACCUGCUAAGCAGGUCGCCAACGGCGACAAGCCGGUCUCUCAGGACGAGGCGGUACGCCGCUCCUGGGUGUUGCUGGGUGCAGCUGGCUUUUUGGGAAUGGCUUGUUCUCCGGCUCUGCCGUUGGUGAUGCAUCGGCCACUUGGGAUGCUCUGCGAGAUGAGCACCACGGUUUCUUCCUUCGCUUUGGCGAAGCUCCUGCCGGACGCCGUGCAGCGCGUGCUCCACCCCUUGGUGAUCUGCGCAGUGUCCUCCAAUCUGGCAUCACGAUUCGUGGGCCCGACGGCACCUUAUUUCGAUGAAGGUCGCGGAGUUGGAGACAAGCUUUUCCAGUGGCUUCCCGCGGCUGUCACGGGUCUUGGCGUGAGAAUGUACUCCACCACCCCUCUUUGGCUGGACAACGCAGAGGAUUUCAAGUGUGUGUUGGCCACGUGCUCGGCAUCCGGCUGCUUCUCCAUUUUGCUCUCGACGAUUGCUGCGGUAAACCAGAAGUCCCCACUCGCCGUGCCACCUCCGCUCUCGCUUCCGCUGCUCCACCGCUCGGUGAUGUCGGCUUUGGGAAUCGAGGGUUCUCAGGCCAUCGGCCCGGAGUGUGAUCCCAAACUAGCAGUGGCUUCCAUUCUCAUCACAGGAUGCAUCGGUGCUUCUCUGGGAAACGCAUUGCUGGAAGCGUUUCCAGCAAUCUUCAAGUCGUCCUCGCCAUUGGUUCGCGGUGUCGCUAUGGGACACAGACGCAGCUGCGAUUUCUGGAGCCUCGAUGUGCCUGGCUGGUACGAUGCACACGCUGGUGCUCCAAGUUCCUGGCGUGGUCUCCGGCAUCCGCUCGCUGGUCAGGGCCCCAAGCCCCACGCGACGGUCGGCGGGGGCGAAUCGAAGUUUAGGAGUCAAGGACUUCAAUAG